ACGGCGCGGCACGGCGCUGAGCUGAGCGUGGUGCGCGGGGCGGCCCGCGCUUUCCCAGCCCUGCCAUGCGGCCGGGGCCGCGGGGGCAGCGUGGCCGCCUUGCGCGCGUCGCCGGGCGGGAAGGGGCAGGAUGAGUGUGGGGUUCCAUUCCGCCCGACGGCCGCCUUCCUGUGGGUCGGGGGUCUCCCUAGCCCAAGCGGGACUUUGGCCGUGGUGCCAGCCUCUCGCUGGCGCGGAGAGAGCCGGCCCCUCGGGAAACAAUAGCGAGCGCCGAUUAGAAGCCGCCCAUGUGUUUUAACUCGGCGAUACUUUCAGUAGAACAAGCAUUCAGAAAUAGAAGUCCUUACUCUUGAUUCCCUGGUAUCAAGGACCCAUCAGGCACCAUCUUCAUUCGUUUUAUCCAGUAUUUUUUCCCAAGCAGAAGGAGAGUCUACUUCAGUGUCCAUCUGUUUCAGCUGAACUUCUUGCUGUUUGUUUCAAAUUACAAAUGCCUAAGAACAGCAAGGUCGUGAAAAGAGAGCUAGAUGAUGAGGUCAUUGAGUCAGUUAAGGACCUGCUCUCUAAUGAGGACUCUUCAGAUGAUGCCUUCAAGAAAAGUGAACUUAUGGUCGAUGAUCCAGAAGAAAAAGAUGUAGAUGUUGAAGAAGGCUCAGAUGCAGAAGAUGAAAGACCUGCUUGGAACAGCAAACUCCAAUAUAUUCUGGCACAAGUUGGAUUUUCUGUGGGACUGGGGAAUGUGUGGCGAUUCCCCUAUCUGUGUCAGAAGAAUGGUGGAGGUGCCUAUCUUGUGCCAUACUUAAUCUUGCUACUGAUAAUAGGGAUUCCACUCUUUUUUUUGGAGCUUGCUGUCGGGCAGAGGAUCCGUCGGGGGAGUAUUGGUGUGUGGAAUUAUAUCAGCCCCAAACUUGGAGGAAUUGGAUUUGCAAGUUGCAUAGUAUGCUUCUUUGUGGCACUGUACUACAAUGUCAUUAUUGGAUGGAGCCUGUUUUACUUUUCCCAGUCUUUUCAGCAUCCAUUACCAUGGGACCAAUGUCCUUUAGUUAAAAAUACAUCUCAUACAUUUGUGGAGCCAGAGUGUGAAAAAAGUUCUGCAACAACUUAUUACUGGUACAGAGAAGCACUGAAUAUUUCCAGCUCUCUGUCAGAGAGUGGGGGUUUAAAUUGGAAGAUGACUGUCUGCUUGCUGGCUGCCUGGGUCAUGGUAUGCUUAGCCAUGAUCAAAGGCAUUCAAUCUUCAGGAAAAAUCAUGUAUUUUAGUUCCCUUUUUCCGUAUGUGGUACUUUUAUGUUUUCUGAUCAGAGGACUGCUCCUUAAUGGGUCAGUGGAUGGAAUUCGUCACAUGUUCACCCCUAAGCUUGAAAUAAUGCUGGAUCCCAAGGUCUGGAGAGAAGCUGCUACUCAGGUGUUCUUUGCCUUAGGGCUUGGAUUUGGUGGAGUCAUUGCCUUUUCAAGCUACAACAAGAGAGACAACAACUGCCAUUUUGAUGCUGUACUGGUGUCCUUCAUCAAUUUUUUCACUUCUGUGCUGGCAACUUUGGUGGUGUUUGCAGUUCUGGGAUUCAAAGCAAAUAUCAUAAAUGAAAAAUGUGUUACCCAAAAUUCAGAGAAGAUUUUAAAACUUUUGAAAAUGGGCAAUCUCAGCCAAGAUAUGAUCCCACAUCAUAUCAAUUUCUCAAGCAUUACAGCAGAAGAUUACAAUUUAGUUUAUGACAUUAUACAGAAAGUCAAAGAAAACCAGUUUGAUUCUCUUGGUCUGAAGUCUUGUAAAAUUGAAGAUGAACUUGACAAGGCAGUUCAAGGAACUGGUUUAGCUUUUAUUGCAUUUACAGAAGCAAUGACCCACUUCCCUGCUUCUCCCUUCUGGUCAGUCAUGUUCUUUCUCAUGUUAGUAAAUUUGGGACUUGGAAGUAUGUUUGGAACCAUUGAAGGCAUUAUCACGCCCAUUGUUGAUACCUUCAAGGUCAGGAAAGAAAUUCUUACUGUCAUCUGCUGCUUGGUAGCAUUUUUUAUUGGCCUGAUCUUUGUGCAGCGCUCUGGAAAUUAUUUUGUGACGAUGUUUGAUGACUACUCAGCUACUCUGCCCCUGCUUAUUGUGGUCAUUUUGGAGAAUAUUGCAGUCAUUCGGAUUUAUGGAAUAGAAAAGUUUAUGGAGGACCUGAAGGAUAUGCUGGGGUUUUCUCCAAGCCAGUAUUAUUACUACAUGUGGAAGUAUGUUUCACCAUUUGUAUUAUUAUGUUUGCUGGUAGCUAGCAUUGUCCAAAUGGGAUUGAGUCCUCCUGGUUACAAUGCUUGGAUUGAAGAUAUGGCUAUGGAAGAAUUCCACAGCUAUCCAACAUGGGGAAUGAUUGUCUGUAUAUCUUUGAUGGUGUUGGCCAUACUGCCAGUCCCAAUAGUCUUCAUAGUACGCCGCUGCAACCUUAUUGAUGACAGUUCUGGUAGUUUGGCAUCUGUAUCCUACAAAAGAGGUCGAAUAAUAAAGGAACCUGUUAAUCUGGAGGGAGAUAAUACAAGUCUGAUUAAUGGGAAGAGUCCAAGUGAAGUGCCAUCUCCAAAUUUCGGCAAAAACAUAUAUCGAAAACAGACUGGAUCGCCGACUCUGGACACGGCUCCCAAUGGACGUUAUGGUAUUGGCUACCUGAUGGCAGAUAUGCCUGACAUGCCAGAGUCUGAUUUGUAACCACAGAAAAAAAAGUGCUGUUUGUUUCUUCUCCCACUGAUCACGGCCCUGCUGUGAGAAGUGGUCAGUGUCACUUACUAGGGUGCAAUCUCAGGUGCUCCAUAGUGACAGUCUUUAAAAAAUGUCAUGACUGUAUGUACUGAUUGAGAAAAUUCACGAUGGAUUAAUUCUCUUGAGUUUUUAUUUGCACUGAAGGAAACAUUCAAAUGCAAUGGCAGCCUACAUAUGCCAGCAUGGCCAAGAAUUUGAUUUUUUAAUUAACUUCUAAAUUUAAAACUUUGUAUUUCUAAAGCCCAGGUCUCACUCAAAUGAUAGAAUAUUUCUGAGGUAAUAUCAUUGAAAAUCAGUUUUUUUCUGCUGAAUUUCGGGUUGACUCCCAAGUAUUAAUGGUGAGCUCUAUAGUAGUUCACCAAACCUGUGUUUGUGUAAACACCUGUAUAUACCUUAUGUAGAUAUGCUGUACUUAUUUUAUUAGCACUGAUAAUUACUUAGGCUAUUAGCUGAGUAAAAAACAAACCUGCAAACUAUUUUCUUAUGUAAUAGCUGUAUAGAGCAAUAGUAUUAGAAAAUCAAGGAGUAGACUUAUAGGAAGGCGAUCAAAGAUUCCCUGUUCACUGGGGACUGCGUAAACUGUGGCUGUAUAUUUUGUGUAAAAUAUUUGCUUUUUCAGUGUGAAAACAAUGUUAGAGUGAGUCACUCCAAGAAUCUUAAGGAUUGUGCAGAUUCUGCAUUUUUUUCUAUGCUGUGUGCCUAAAAAAGACCUUGAUAUUUAUUGUGGUUACAAGAUUACAUAUAUAUUAUAUUUAUAUAAUAUACUUGUAUUGUAAAUAUGUAUAUUAUUCUGUAUGUAAUCAUUUCAAAAGUUUUAGCAAGAUGGCUUUUUUAAUUAGUCUCCUUCAGUUUUGCUUCUGUUUUGUGCAGAUAAUUUUUUUUCAGUCAGUAAUUGUUAAGAACUGUAUGGCAUUACAUUUUAACCUACAAAUAAAGAGAUUGAUAAGGUA